CUUAUCUAGCCUAUCCUGCCAUGCCCUGCGGUGUGUGUGGAUGUCCCGCACCACUGACAACAGCGGUUUCGGCACGGUCUCUAACAAUGGACUUUGAAACGAAGAUUUAUUCCAGAAUCGGUGGAUAUGGACGAUAUAACAGAAUUAUUUCCAUAUUCAGCUGGUUUCCGAACUUUGCUGUGAUGCUGAACCUUUUUUGCGACGUUUUUUACACUCUGAUUCCCGGGUCGUACCACUGUAAACCCGACCCGACUCUUUUACCUUCAGGUUUUCUUUUCAGUAAUUAUUCCAGACAAGGGUAUCUCAAUUUUACCAUACCGUGGGUGAAUGGCUCUGGACUGAGUCACUGUGAACUUUAUAAGUACCCUAGAAACGUCUCCAACUUCAUAGACAGCAUUCCAAAGGAGAUAGUGCCAUGUACGAGUGGAUGGGAGUACGACCAAGCUGCAGCGCUUCAAAGCAACUACGUUACAGAGUGGAACCUAGUGUGUAGGGACUACUGGAAGAUUCCUCUGCAGCACAUCUGCUUCAUGACAGGGUGGAUUGUGGGAUAUGUCCUCCUGGGCACAGUGUGUGACUGGUUGGGUCGUCGACAGGGCUUCCUGCUGUCUGUGUCUCUGUCCGGUCUGUUAGGAGUAGCUGUGUGUCUGUCCAACAGCCCUGUAGUGUUUCUGCUGCUACGCCUGUCUCAGGGCGCCAUGUUGGCUGGGGUCUUCCUCUCCUCUUACCUCGCCAGACUGGAGCUGUGUGAUCCUCCCCAUCGUCUGAUGGUUGAAAUGGUCAGUGGUUUUUUUGCCAUCGCUGCAGAGCUCUUGUUACCAGGGCUGGCGGUGCUGUGUCGUGAUUGGCCAGUUCUUCAAGCAGUGGCUACCUUGCCACUGCUCCUGCUGCUCUCCUAUUGGUGCUGUCCAUCAGUGUUUCCCGAGUCUCCACGCUGGCUUCUGGCCACAGGUCAGAUCGACCAGGCUAAGAGGUGUUUCCAGAGCUUCUCCACCAGGAACAGAGUGUGUCUCAGUGAGGACAUCUACCCUGCUGAGAACCUGCUCUCAGAGAUGGAUGCGGAGUACCCAGAUGAUACUCAGCCUUGCUACCACUCAGUCCUGGAGUUGCAUUCCACCCGAGUGAUCUGGAGGAACUGCCUCAUCCUUAGCUUUACUAUGUUCAUAGGCACAGGCAUCCAGUACUGUUUCAUCAGGAACCUCCACAGCUACUCCCACAACUUCUACUUUAGUUACUUCCUGCGUGUGCUGACUGGAGCUCUGGGAUGCAUCUUCCUCUGCCUGUCCGUCAACCGCUUUGGUCGCCGUGGUAUCCUGCUUCUGUCUGCCAUUAUCACCGGCCUGUCCUCGCUGCUGCUGCUGGCCCUCACACAGUUCAUCAGAAAGACGUGUCCUUCUCUAGAUCUGCGUGGAGUGCUGGUGUUGUUGCUGUCUGUGCUGGGGCUCCUCUUCUCCCAGGCCCUGGCCAUGCUCAGUGCAUUCUUUGCCAGCGAGGUCAUGCCCACCGUAGUCCGUGGUGGUUGUCUGGGGCUGGUGCUAGCGUCUGGCUGUAUGGGGAUGGCUGCUUCCUCUAUGAUGGAGCUCCAGAACAACAGGGGUUACUUCCUCCACCACGUCAUCUUCGCCUCCUUCGCCGUCCUCUCGGUGCUGUCCAUCAUGCUGCUGCCGGAGAGCAAGCGCAAGCCGCUACCCGACUCUCUGAAGGACGGCGAGAGCCAGCGACGGCCCCCUCUCUUCCUGUCCCGUGAAGACAACCUGCCCCUGCUCUAUACCCGGCGUGGAGCCUCCGAGUACAACCCUGAUAACUACUCCCGCUUGGUCACCGCCACCAGGAAGAUGCUCAUCAAAGACAAUUUACCCUAUAAGAUCGUUGUGCCUUCCCAGUCCCCGCUGCUGCCUUCCAACAGCGAGGUGCACUGCAUACUGGAGGAUGAGGCACUAAGAGAGGACUUGUCUUAACAGCCUCUAACUACAAUCAUCCAAUCUCCUCUCCCACAGAGAGACCUCGCCUCAAACCCACUGAAUAUCUCUCCCCACCACACUGAGACAGUUUGAUCCAGACUCGUAUCGCUCUGAACGACGGGUCUUCUUGGAUAUUUUGAAGGGGAGGGGAGUUUGAGAUGAGGUGUGUAUUUACUGUGUCAGUUUUUUGUUGUUGUGCCAAAUGUUUCAAACAAUACAAAAAAACAAUACAAAAAAACGAUGUGUGUGUGUGUGCUUGCACAGACUCUGCUGAAAGACUGUGUGCUAGUCCUUUGUUUUUGUACUGAUGGAGAUCUGCUGUUUCUAAGACAGUGUUAACACCCUCUCUUCUCCAGGUCGUGCAGCAAGGAGCUAUGACUUUAUUAACCACUAAGGCUAAAGGCUCACUUGAGAAGCGUUGCUUGUCCACUUAACUGGUGACUUGUGCUUUUCAUUACUGCAGAGAGAAAGAGAGAGCAGGGCCCUGUUACUUAAUCUCAUUCACUGGUGACUCAACGAGGGGAACUCACAGAUAAACGUCCGUUUGGCUCAAACUGGAAUGUGGUGUAGCCAAUUGUUUGAUUUUUGGUGGGGAACUCAAUGAAGUAUCAGUCACUGAUAAUAUCACCGAAGCUAUGACCUUAGCAAUGAAAGGUCAUUCCAUCCUGUCCACUUGUUGGACAUGUGUUAAGAACAUGAGGUGUUGUCACAUGAUGAUUUGCUCCCGGAACAGAGUUCUUAGAUAAAGAGUUGUUUUAGAUUAUUGAAAUGUGAUUAGGUCAUGAACCUCUACUCUGAGUCAUUAUAUACUGGGUGGUUCGAGCCCUGAAUGCUGACAGCUGUGGCAUAUCAGACAAUAUACCACGGGUAUGACAAAACAUGUAUUUUUACUGCUCUAGUUACAUUGGUAACCAAUUUAUAAUAGAAAUAAGACACCUCGGGGGUUGGUGGUAUAUGGCCAAUAUACUACGGCUAAGGUCUGUAUCCAGGCACUCCGCGUUGCGUCGAGCUUAUGAACAGUUCCCCCCCCCCCAUUACUUAAUUAUAACCUUUCAAGUGAGACUUUACCUUAUAUUAGUUGUCACAUCCAUUUCUCUGCCUUAAACUGUGAACUUUCCUGUUUAAAAAAAGGCAGUUGCUAGGACAUUAUACUUAACAUUCUAUGUAAUUUAACUGAAAAUACAUUUUAUCAACUAUUAAACCACUUUUCACUGCUCUCUUUGAUAUUUGACUGUGGUUUGAGGUUUGCGUUGUUGUCCUUCUUGGCCUGGCUGUGGAACUGUUUUACAUUAUAUUGUUGGAUAGGAUGUUUACUCUUAUUAUCCCGGCUCAUUCUCUUUUAAUGUUUUAUCCCCCUCUCUUCUGCUUGCGUGGGAACAGCCCCCCAUACAGGAAGUUUAUUUGGAAAAACUUUACCCCACAGCUGACAAUAUUCUGUCCUUCAGAAGAUACUUUGUAUAUAAUUCUAUAUUCAAAGUAUAUUAUUUUCAGCUAUGAAUAAGUUGUCUAACUCACAAAAGUUACAUUUUGAUUUAUUUGGAAGCUGAGGCCAUACAAUGUUAAUUCACUGUUUGCCCAUCUUCACGUCUCAUAGAAAACUAGAAUAAAAAUGUCCUCAAGUAAAGAGAUGUAUUUCCUUUCAGAUCAUUUGGAAAACGAAAUGUCCCUCAGACCCGCCCAAUAGAAUUUCAACAAUGCUAUUACACUUUUGACAUCAACGGGGUCUUAAACGAGGUCACUGGGUGUUGAACUAAGGUUGCUGUAGUAUUUUUAUGAAGCUGAUCCACUUCUAUUUUGAACUUUUAUUUGCUUGCUCGCCUCACUUUUCAAAAAUGAAAUCCGUUAAACAGUUCAUCAAUUUUGAAUGGCCUAAACUGAAAAUGUAUUGAGUUCUGCCCUGUUCUUCAUGUCUGAUACAAUGCUUACCACAAGAUGGUGCUGUUCUCUUAUGUAUUGAAUGUACAAAAUCCACCAUUUGUCUUUCUUAACUGGGUGUUAUGUUUGAUUAUCAACGAAGUCUGAUUUUUGUAUUUUGAAGAAUUGGAAAUGUUAUGAGUGUAAAUAAAAUGAUAAGAAUGGCCAGGUGCUAGGAGUUAGUCCCAACACACCAUUGCCGAACAGCCUAGUUCAUGUCUUUUUGUACUGCAUUCUCAAAAUGAUUGAGCCAGAUGGGAUAAUAGACACUGUUGUUGAAUGAAGCACACUGUUCUAGCCUGGCAUUAACUUCAUUUUGACAUAUACAAAAUAAACUCAAUUGUGCUCAUUG